AUGCGCAAACCAACGUUUAAGGCGGAAUUCCUGAGUACUUUAUCAACGCUUCAGAUUUCAAUCGACAAUCCUUUGGGUGUUGAAGGAAGAUUUGAAGGUUAUGAGGUGCUGAUGAAGGACGGCGGUCUCGUGUCCGUGCACCCGUGGCGUUCAGUGGUCAACCUCUCAGCUAGUGAACGUCACUAUAAUGUAAGGCGAAUUCAAGCCCCAACGCUACGAUCAGUCACCGUACGUGGACGCCUUUCGGCCGACCAGUUCAGUCUGUCUGCGCCCCAAAAUGUCAAACUGAUUCCCUUCGACUCUGACAGAGCACUCAUGACAUGGGAUCCACCAAUUCAAUCCUAUGGCAAUGUCACUGGCUAUUCCAUUGUCAGUCGCGUCGGCAACGAGACCAGACCGCUAAUUGAUCCGCCCCCCGACCGAACCUACGUCUUCAAAGACUUGAAGCCAAAUCAAACACUAUCCGCCUUUGUUUUUGCAACUAGUCAGCCAGAGUCACAGGUCAACAUAAAACUCAGGGGUUAUCCCUCUCAUUUUCUAUCCCUAACCAAGCCACCUGCAACAGGA